AUGGCAGACGUAAGAAGAUUAAAGCAGAAUCGAGCUACGAUAAAGGGUCAGAUGACUCGAAUAAAUAAUACUGUCGAUGAAAAUACGUCAGUUGCCGAAGCAAAGGUCAAGUCGACGAAAAUCGAAAGCUUGUGGGAGGCUUUCCAAGAAGUUCAGAAAAAGAUUGACGACGCAAGAUUAGAAGGAAUCGAAGUCGCCGCAGAUGAAGAAGUGCUGCCUACCGCAGAGCAAGAGGCAGAACGACAGAUUUUUGAAAAUAUCUAUUUCGAAGCAGCAACGAAGAUCCAAAUGGUGAUCGAUACAGCACAAGCCGCUAAUCAGGUACAAGCUCAGGUCGCAAGGGCAGAGCCACAAAACGAAGACGGAAGGCGCGGACAGGGCGAACGGCGAAUGGAGGUCAAGCUGCCAACGUUGAAACUUCCCGAGUUCAGUGGCAAUUACAAUGAAUGGCUCUUAUUUAAGGAUGCGUUCACAUCAUUGAUUCAUGAGAACGACACACUCACCGAAAUACAGAAGUAUCAAUAUCUGCGAAGUUCCGUGACAGGUGAAGCGUUUCAGGUAAUCGGAGGCUUGGCCACGACUGCAGCAAACUACGAAAAUGCAUGGGAUCUUCUUCUAAACAAUUAUGAACAUCCGAGGCUUCUAAUUAACACACACUUGAGUCAAUUGCUUGAUUUUCCAGCCGUAUCAAAGGACAAACCAGCAACAAUGCGUCAACUGAUCGUUCACGUCAGAACGCACUUAAAGACUUUAGAGACACUAGAGCUUCCGGUUGAUAAGUGGGACGAGCUUCUCAUACACCUGUUAAAGAAUAGGAUGGAUUACAAUACACAGAAGAGUUGGGAAGAAGAAACCAAAAAAGACAAGGAAAAUCGGCCUACGUUGGAGAACUUUCUGACUUUUCUCAAUGAGCAAGUACGAACGCUUGAGAUAAUUGACAAGACCAAGGGAAAGUCGGAAGCAUCAAAGACGCCAGCAGGGAAAAAACAAGAAAGAAAAGUAGCUUUGGCAACCACCUCUCAAGAAGGUUGUGUCCUCUGCAGCAAGAAUCAUCAGUUGUACCGAUGCCCGGAUUUUCUGCAGCUAUCGAGUGCUGACAGAUUAAAGGAGCAUGCCGGAGGUGCCAGAAGAAGCACAAUACCCUGUUGCAUCCAGAGCAAGAAGAGAAGACUGCAACCGAUAAAAAGUCCAGAAGAGGACGCGUCCAAGAAGGCAGUGGUAAUGCACGGCACUCAAGAAACCUUGCAAGAUACUGAAGAGUCAUCUUCUGUAAUCAACCUUGGAAGAAAACCCACGUCGUGCGUGGUGCUGUCAACGGCCCGAGUUAUAGUCCAUGACGUCAAUGGAGGCCAGCACAAAUGCCGUGCACUUCUAGAUGCAGGGUCGCAAUCCAAUUUGAUCACCCAGGAACUCAUCGACAGGCUCAGAUUGAAAUGUAAAAGGAGAGACGAAGUCAUCAGUGGGAUCAACCGAUUACAAACCAAUGUCGGUAAGACAGUAGAAGUAAAAAUCCGAUCGAUGAACGCGGAUUAUGAGGUAGCCAUAGAAUGUCUCGUGCUGCCUGCCAUUACUGAAAGACUUCCUCAAGUCAAAAUCAAUACUAAACUGAUUUGCUUGCCGGAGAGUUUGAGCCUAGCAGAUCCUGAUUUCCACACGCCAGGAACAGUGGAUAUUCUAAUAGGAGCAGGACUUUUCUGGCAAUUAAUCUGCAAGGAUUAUAUUCAAAGACCAAAGGGAAUACCCAGAUUACAACGUACGUUGCUAGGAUGGAUUGUAGGAGGGGAGCUUCUCGACGCCAGCUCAGAAACUCCAAGAAGCUUCUGCGGUCUCAUCACAAAUGCGCAACUCCAAGCGCAGUUAGAACGCUUUUGGAAGCAAGAGGAGACGCUCGAAAAACGGAGUCUCACCCAAGAAGAGAUUGAGUGUGAACGGCAGUUCCAUGAGUCGGUCAAGCGAGAUGAAACUGGUAGGUUCAUCGUAACACUUCCGAAGAAACCCGGAGUGAAACUCGGCGAUCCAGGAAAUCAAGCAUUGCAGCGAUUAUAUUCCCUAGAAAGAAGAUUCAGAGGAGAUCCAGCAUUGAAGAAUGCGUAUGUUCAAUUCAUGGAAGACUAUGAAACUCGAGGCCACAUGUCGUUAAUGGGACCAGGCCCAGAUACGAGCACAAAGGUAGAGCAAUCGUACAUACUUCCGCAUCAUCCGGUGAUUAAACCGGACAGCACCACAACUAAGUUACGUGUUGUAUUCAACGCCUCAGCGAAGACAUCGUUGGGAACCUCGUUAAACGACAAGUUAUUCGCCGGUCCAAACAAGCAGAAGAGCCUGUUCUGCAUAGUCUUACGCUUUCGAUCACACCCCUUUGUCAUAACGGCGGACAUAGCUGCAAUGUUCCGACAGAUACUCGUGUGCGAAGAAGACCGAGAUUUACAACUGAUUCUGUGGAGAUCAGAUCCAUCGCAACCAGUUCAGAUCUUUAGGAUGAACACGGUGACAUAUGGCACCGCAUGUGCACCUUAUUUAGCCCUCAGCUGUUUGGAGAGAUUAGCGAUAGAAGAACUGGAAAGGUUUCUAAAGGCAACCUUGACGGUCGAAGAGAUGAAGAUGUUUCUCGAAAUAAGGUUGAAGAUCGAAGAGCUGAAGAAGUUCCUAAAAGAAGCAUUGGACAAUAAGAAAUCGGAGUUUCUACAAGCAAUCCUGGUCUUGCUAGAAGAUUUCUACAUGGACGAUGUUUUGUCUGGCGCAAGUACCAUAGAAGGGGCCAUAGCCUUGCGACAGCAGCUGUUGGAGUUAUUGCAACGGGGACAGUUUCAGCUGCGGAAGUGGCGUUCCAAUGAUCCACGUAUAUUGGAGGAACAACCCGAGUCCAACGACGAUAACAGCUUCCUCAAAAUAGACAAGGAGGGUGCCAUGAAAACGUUGGGACUUUUAUGGGAUGCCCAGUCAGAUGUUCUGCAAUACAGCGUGUCGAUAGAAGAGAAUUCAAGGGUUACCAAGCGUCUGGUGCUAUCUCAGAUAGCUCAAAUAUAUGACCCCCUUGGCUUGCUGGGACCCGUUGUCAUCAUUGCGAAAUGUAUUAUGCAGUCUCUAUGGCAAAUCAAAACUGGUUGGGAUGAAGUUCUCCCAACGGAGUUAGAAGCUACAUGGAAGGAGUACUAUAGAUCGCUGCCGCAAACCAACGAGAUGAAGAUUCCGAGAAACAUCAAUCCGGGAAAUGUGAGCAAUCAGUUCGAUCUCGUAGGCUUUGGAGAUGCCUCAGAAAAGGCAUAUGGAGCCGUGCUGUAUGCUGUUUCACAAAGAUCAGGAGGUACCUUACAAGCGCAUUUGAUUUGUUCGAAAAGCAGAGUCGCACCUUUGAAGACUAUAUCACUACCAAGACUGGAGCUUGAUGCGGCGCUGCUGUUGACUAAACUGACCGAACAGGCAAGAAAGGUUUAUGGUGACAGGAUUCAAAACGUGUCUUUAUUUAGCGAUUCGACGGUCGUUCUCAAUUGGAUAGCAGUCACCUAA